UCAAAUAAGAGGGUGUAUUUAAUGUUUUCGAACUUGGGCUGUGAUUUAACUUUAAACUGGGCGCCUGCACACUCACGACGGUCCCUAACUUCAGCUGGUCAUCCUCCAGUUUACUGUCCAACACUGAAGACGCUCUUUAUCAGCUCCUGAUGUGGAAGAUCGAGCUGUCUGCGCCUUCAGGAGAGCUUCCUCCUGCUCACCCCGGCAGACCAUCCGCCCUGAGCUCCCCGGGAGCAGCAUCAGCCUCCAGCAGCUGCUGCUGCCGCGCCAGUCACAGGCAGAGGACCCGACCAUCUGAGGCGGAGUGGGGGUAGUCCGCUAAGCUGCUUACCGUCCUGCCAGGAGGCCCACGGAGCGACCGGUGCGAAGAAUGGACGGCUUCAUCACAUCAGCGGAACAUGGCCUGUAGCUGCUCGGCACCGCUGCCAUCCACAUAACCGGACCAGGCCUCCUGAAGGAAUGUUCACCCUCACAGAAGUCGCCUCCCUGAACGACAUCCAGCCAACAUACCGAAUACUGAAGCCAUGGUGGGAUGUCUUCAUGGAUUAUCUUGGUAUUGUCAUGUUGAUGUUGGCCAUAUUUUCUGGAACCAUGCAGUUAACUAAGGACCAGGUGGUUUGUCUUCCUAUUCUGGAACAAACUCCAGAGGUGGCCGGGGGCUUCUUGGGACCCCAAACCCCAGAGCCAGCUGAUGGUUUAUGGAACAAAGAGAGCGCCAUUGGGGAGCAAGCUGCCCCUCUGAUGGCUAAAAGGCCUCCCGACAGCAUCGCUCCGACAAUUCAAGUCACACAGUCAGCUAGUUUUGGGCAGCCGCAGCCUACAGGUGUCAGGACCAAGCUGGACUUUCAGCAGUAUGUCUUUGUCAACCAGAUGUGCUACCAUGUCGCCCUUCCUUGGUAUUCCAAAUAUUUCCCUUACCUCGCUCUAAUUCACACUAUUGUAUUGAUGGUCAGUAGCAACUUCUGGUUCAAAUAUCCAAAGACAAGUUCCAAAAUAGAACAUUUUGUGUCCAUACUGGGAAAGUGUUUUGAGUCCCCUUGGACGACUAAAGCUCUGUCUGAGACUGCAUGCGAGGACUCGGAGGAGAACAAGCAGAGGCUGGCUGGUGCCUCCUCCCUCCUGAAACAUCUGUCCACAAGCAGCGAGGAGGGGAGUCCAAACCAGUCUGCCCCGAUGUUGACCAAAUCUGGGGUCACAUUCUCUGCUGAGAAGUUGGUGAGCGAAGUUCCCUCCAUGACCAUACUGGACAAGAAAGAUGGUGAGCAAGCGAAGGCCCUGUUUGAAAAAGUCAGGAAAUUCCGUGCCCAUGUGGAAGACAGUGAUUUAAUUUACAGACUCUAUGCCAUUCAGACAGUCAUCAAAACAGUGAAGUUUAUCUUGAUCCUUUGCUACACGAUGACAUUUGUUGCUUCUAUAGAUUUUGACCAUGUGUGUGAGCCUGAAAUAAAGCAUUUGACUGGAUAUGCUAAGUUCCAGUGUACACACAACAUGGCGUUUAUGUUAAAGAAGCUCCUCGUCAGUUAUAUUGCUCUCAUAUGUGUUUAUGGCAUUAUCUGUAUUUACACACUGUUCUGGCUCUUUCGGCGACCUCUUAAGGAGUAUUCCUUUGAAAAGGUCAGGGAGGAGAGCAGCUUCAGUGACAUUCCUGAUGUUAAGAACGACUUUGCGUUCCUCCUCCACAUGGUUGAUCAGUAUGACCAGCUGUAUUCAAAGCGUUUCGGGGUUUUCCUCUCUGAGGUGAGUGAGAACAAACUUCGGGAGAUCAGUCUAAACCACGAGUGGACCUUUGAGAAGUUGCGGCAGCAUGUAACGCGGAAUCCUCAAGAGAAGUUGGAACUUCAUCUCUUCAUGCUCUCAGGAGUGCCGGAUGCUGUGUUCGAUCUCACCGACUUGGAAAUCUUGAAACUAGAACUCAUCCCAGAGGCCAGGAUAACAGCUAAGAUCUCGCAGAUGGUAAACCUCCAGGAGCUGCACUUCUACCACUGUCCUGCCAAAGUUGAGCAGACUGCUUUCAUUUUCCUUCGUGAUCACCUCCGGUGCCUUCAUGUCAAAUUCACAGAUGUUGCUGAGAUUCCCAGCUGGGUUUACUUGUUGAAAAACUUAAGGGAACUGUACUUGGUGGGUAACCUGAACUCUGAAAACAACAAACUAAUCGGACUUGAGUCCCUGCGAGAUCUCAGGCACUUAAAAAUUCUUCAUCUCAAAAGCAACCUCACAAAGAUCCCGACAAACAUAACGGAUCUGUCACCACACCUGCUCAAACUGGUCAUUCACAAUGACGGUACAAAGCUCUUGGUGCUGAACAGUUUGAAGAAAAUGAUGAACCUCGCAGAGCUGGAGCUCCUUAACUGUGAGCUGGAGCGAAUCCCCCACGCCAUCUUCAGUUUAAACAACCUUCAGGAACUUGAUCUAAAAUCCAACAACAUUCGUUCCAUUGAGGAGGUCAUCAGCUUCCAGCACCUCAAAAGACUAACAUGCCUCAAACUUUGGCACAAUAAGAUCAUCACCAUUCCACUGUCAAUCAGCCACGUCAAAAACCUGGAGUCGCUCUAUUUGUCACACAACAAGCUGGAGUCCCUCCCGUCACCGUUAUUCACCCUUCUCAAGUUGAGGCACCUCGAUCUUAGUCACAACUCUAUAGUGGUGAUACCGCUGGAGGUCGGCUUCCUGCAGAACCUCCAGCAUUUUGCCAUUACUGGCAACAAAGUUGAGGUAGUCCCAAAGCAACUGUUCAAGUGCACCAAACUACGGACAUUAUGUCUCAGCCACAACUGCAUCUCCUCCAUUCCUGAGAAAAUCGCCCAACUCUCGCAGCUCACACACCUGGAACUGAAGGGAAACUGUCUGGAUCGGCUCCCGGCUCAGCUCGGCCAGUGCUGCCUCCUCCGCAGGAGCUGCCUGAUGGUAGAGGAUCACCUCUUUGACUCGCUGCCCAUCGAGGUCAAAGAGAGCAUCAAUCAGGAAUCUAGUGUUUCUUUUGCAAAUGGGUGUAAAUGUCUAAGUGACGGACGGUAGUGACAUCCCGUUUGGCAUCAAAUGCUGAACAUUUCAUCUUUUGGGGAGAAAGUAUUGUUUUUAAAUGAUACCAUUAGAAACAGCAGUUCCGGUUAGAAUAUGUUUCAUUGUCUUUUAGAAACUUAUACACCGAACAUAGCACAGCACAUAAAAGGUCAAUACCUCUGGAAAAACAUGAGCUGAACUACAGGAACUAUCAUGGUUUGUGUCAUGUCUGGAUUUUUCUUUUUUUUUCAAUUAAAGUAGGUGUAUAUUAGUUCAAAGAUUUGCUAUUUCUAAACCUUUUGUAUGCACAAAUACAAAUAGAAGAUUUAGGCAUCUUUGUAUAAUAUUGAAACAGUCCCCUUUCAUUGUUGUGAUUUUAUUUGAUUUUCUUUAGAUUAACUAGAUUGUGCUUAAUGGGGAAUAAACUUAUUAUAUAUUCAUACCAAAGGUUUGAUAAAAAGAUUGAUACCACUUAUUUAUAUAGUCAUAUCUGACCCUUAAAGUUGGAGUGCAAGACGUUCACAUCUAAAUGAAAAUCUGCUAUAUUCAAGGAAAAUAUGGUCACCAGGGUCACCAUCAGGUAAAUCUCUUUAUGUGUACCUUAGUUUGCUGUAGGAGAAAACUGCAGUACAUGUUUUAAGUCUGGUUUCUGGAGCCCCAGUGGCCAUUCGUUGUACAUAAGCUUGCAGUGAUUGCUUUGCCAAAGCUGAAGAAGGCAACAACUAUAAUGACAGACAUGGAGGCUACAGCAACUGCGAAUACAGCAGGAAACCUAAGAAGUGCCAAGCAAAAAUUCUGAUGCACCAGUUAAAAAAGAAACUUGCAUUCAUAGGAAUGGUUUACAGUUUUAAAAAAGACAGUCAUCAGUAUUACAUAGGCCCAUGUCAAUGAUGUUUGCAUAACUGUCACUGCCAAAAGAGAGAAACAGAAGUUUCUCACUGCAGAUUUAAAUCUGAAGCUACAGCCAUGAGAUGCUUAGCUUAGCUUAGCAUUAAGACUGGAAACGAUUAGUCUGGUUCUGUGCAAAGCUAAAACAAUUUAUCGGUACCUCUAAAGCUCACCGACUUGUAUAUCUAUUAACUUUAUAUGUAGUUUGUACAAAAUCCAGGCUGUUAAUUUUCCUGUGUGCACAGUCUUUGUGCUACGCUCAGCUAACCAGCUAACUGUAGCUUCAUAUUUAGCAUAACUUAAAGUGGUAUCAAUCUUCCUAUCUGACCCUCCACCAAACAAAAAGAACCCCCAAAACUAUUACGCUAAAAGGUCAGUUCACUGAAAUUACAAAUAAUAUGUCAAAUAUGGUAUACAGUUAUUUAAAACUUCAUGUAUCAAUGUUUUGCCUUUAAAAAAAAAAAUCUGCAUUUAUUAUACAUUCAAAUUUAACAGCAGCAUCUCUUUCCAGAAAUCUUGUGUGCAGUCAGAUGGAUAAUUCACAGGUCUCACUGGUUUCAGUUUUUAUCUAGUAACUAAUUUCAAAGCAAAUAUGUUACAACAAAGUUAUCCAGUUAGCAGAAUGUUGUUAAUAGGAAGCUGUGCUGCUUUUAAAUAUUUUAAAUGCUGUGAGCAGCACAAGCAAAAUAAAACUCUUUUUUUUUUUUUUUUUUAAAUUUUGAAUUUUUUAGAAAUAUCGGAAUAUAAGACCCAAAUUUUUUUGAUGGCUGUAUACCAUUAUGAUAAAUGCAAAAAUGUGUUUUUGUAAUUUCAAUGAACGAACUUUUCAAAAAUGUUUGUGAUGAGAAAAGUCUGAACGGAAGGUCCACUUACUUGCUUCACCGAUAUAAUCAUUUACAGAAAAAAUGUGAGCAUCUGCUGGGAAAGACCACAAAAAGCUCCAGAAAAUGUUAGUAAGUGGACCUUGAGUAGUCCAACGAUUGUUUAACUGCAAUCAUAAAAUUACUUUCAGUCCCCACAUUUAAAAAUUGUUUCAUAUAUGUGCAACAACGACUGUAUACGUAGACCACAUUGAAAAAUUCCUAUUACAUGUUUGCAUUCCACUUUUCAUCUUUCAUGUCAUGUUCUCUGCUUCUUGAGUCCUCUUGCCAUUAUUUUUAAAUGUAGUUUGUUUUUUCAAAUGAGUAGACUAAAGAAUUAAUUCCUUUGAGCCAAAACACAACGCUUUUUAUUAGUUGUACUUUUGCUGUUGUGUCUGAAUAUGUUUUAUUCUUGUCAACAAUAUAUUUAUCAUGUAUUUUGCGUAUAUUUUCUCAUUGUCUUUAAUGUGUCCUUUCUGCACAGCACUUUGUAAACUGGUUUUUAAAAUGUGCUAUACGAAUAAAGGAAGUAUUAUACUGUU